CUCUGCCACGGCCGGCAAGACCACCACCGGCACAGCGUCGCCCUCUGGACGGCGUUCCUGUGGCUCCUGGCGUGGGUCGUGUUCUGCACUAUCGCGGAUUGCACCGGCACGGCAGGCCGCGGCAACGCCGUGGAGGCGUUCUCCCUGCGGCGGAACUGGAGCGCGCUGGUGGGCCGGCACGACCCCAAGCAGGCCGAGCCGGACGACAUCGCGCUCAUCCACGCGGCCAAGACCGUCGGCGUGGUGCUCGUCAUCCUGGGACACCGCGGAGAGGCGCUCAUGGCGGGGCCCGUCGUCAACGGCGUGGACGUGGAGAAGGUGUACGCCAGCGCGCUGGACGUGCUGCUCAUCAACGGGUCCGUCAUCGUGGACGUCUUCUUCGUGGCGGGCGGCUGCCUACUGAGCUGGACCCUGCUCGGCCACCUGCAGAGAGGGAAGCAGCUGUCUCUGUUCAGCGUGUACCUCUAUCGCUACCUCAGGCUCGUCCCCGCGUACGCCGUCAUCGUGGCCGUGCUGGCCGUGGGCCUGCCGUCGCUAGGCUCCGGACCGCUGUGGAAAGUGACGGUGGUGGAGGAGGCCCGGCGAUGCCAAAAGCGCUGGUGGGCCAACCUGCUGUUCGUCAACAACCUGGUGCGGCCGGACGAGCCGUGCCUGGACCCCAGCUGGUACUUGGCGUGCGACGUGCAGCUCUUCGUGCUGGCCACGCCCCUCGUCAUGCUGGCCCACUCCAAGCCCCGCCUCGCCGGCCGACUGCUGGGGGCCGCGCUGCUCGUCGCCGUGGUGUACCCCGCCGUGGUCACGUGGCGCCUGGGACUCGACGGCACCAUCAUCCCGUACCCGGACGUGGUGGGCCACAUGGCGGCCACGGCCAUCCACAUGCGCGUGUACGUGUCGUCGCUGUGCCGCGCGGGGCCCUACGUGCUGGGUGUGGCGGCGGGCUGGCACUUGCGGCACCUCCGCGCCAAGAGGCAGCCCGCCCACGCCGCGCUGUCCUGGCUGCUCGCGCCGCUGGGGCUGCUCACCGUGGCCGUGGUCCUGGCCGCCUCCGUCUUCUACCCGCCGCUGGUGGCCGCUGCACCGCCGCGCUGGGUGCACGUCGUGUAUGCGGGGACGUACCGCACCGCCUGCGCGCUCUCCUACACCGCCGCCCUCAUCGUGGUGGCCUCGCGCGACAACAGUGAGAAAUCCUGGGCCCGCUGCCUGGCUGCCUUCCGACCGCUGUCCCGGCUGUCCUACUGCGCUUUCCUGACGCACGCACUCGUGCAGCUUCAUUCCAUUGGGCAGCAGCGCUCUGCGGCCGUCUACAGCACCAUCGACACGAUCACGUUGGCCGUGCCCGACGUGGUGUUCGCCUUCGCGCUGGCCCUCGUGCUGCACCUCACGGUGGAAGCACCCUGCAGCGCGCUGCUGCCCUCGGCGAAGGGCAGAGGCCGCGGGGCCGCGGGGUCAAGAGCCAACUUGGUGCAAUAUCCCGGCGAGGACAAAAACGUGUACUUCACAAUAUACAGAGUGUACGGUAAAGCCAUUGGUCGGAAAGGAAAUAUCAAAACUGUGAAAGCUGAUCAUAAGGGGUGGUUGGAUAGUAUGAUUGCAUGCCGGCCUGAACUGAUCAACGCCAUUAACCCGUUGAGAGUUUUGUCUUCAAACCAAUAUCAAUCCUUUCCGUGGGGCAUGGAUAGGAUGGUGGCGCUAGUGCCCUCCGGCAUGGGAAAGGGAAACUGUCUUGUUAAGAGCGUCACCAAAGAAUUCACCACGGCACUCUGGAUCGCCACGGGUUUGUCCUUCCUCGCAGUAGCCUUCGGGCACUCAACAGUACUUUCAAAAGGCCUGAGUGCUCUCGGGCCAUUUCAAAACUAUUCAAGUGUUGUGCUUGAAGAUUUAAGAGCGUUUUGUGUUGAACAAUAUCAAUCUUUCCGUGGGGCAUGGAUAGAGGAAUCGCUGGCCCUCCGCAUGGUAAUGAAGUCUUGUUGA